CUUUCUGAUAUACACAGUGUUUCAAGAGGUACAAACAAAAGUUAUUUUUCCUCUUACGGCUUUUUCAGCAGUUGCUGGUUUAAGUUUAAACAGCUCUGAUGUACAUACAGGCAAUGUUGUCAGUGUUUGUUUCUUUUCAGUGCGAAUACGACAGAGAGUUGUAAAUUCACACAGAAAGUUCAGUUCACUCUUAAGAAUGACUCAGUUGUGAAACGUGUGAUGAAUAUUUAUUCCGUUCUUGCGUGAGUGGGCAGAAUUUCAAGAGCUGGAUUCAACUGGCUUUAGUUAUCAGUCAAUCUUUUUGUUCGUUUGAAUAUGAGUAAUACGUCCAAUUGUUCACGAGUGAUUUACUUGCAUAAUGCCCUUUCUUGUCACGAGAAGAGAAAUUUUUGCGGUUUAAUCCGCGGCAGUUUGAUUCCUCGAGCAAACUUUCAUUGUUUUUCCUUUGUUUGCCUUUGGAGACUGUGGUCAAGUGCUGACAUAUUUCUUUCUUUGUGGGGUUGAUCUUCCGAAGAUAAUUGGCUGAAGAUAACAACAACUCUGUAAUGUCACGCUAGCAGAGGAAACCACAGAAGACAUUUGUUGACACUCCAUAAAGUUAUUGGAGCCACUUAAAAGAAUUCGUGCGAACCCGGUUGUAGAUUUGCGCCAUUUACUCGGUAUGAAAAGCAAACAUGGUACAAAUUAUUGUCUGGGGCAGAUGGUGUUCAAUUGCACUCAAUUAAAACCGUGGCGAUGUUGGAGAGAAUUUUAAUAAUGCGACCUUUCGAGAACAUUGACGAUAGCUAAUAAAAGACUCUAAAUUCCUUCCUGAAUUAGCAUUGCAAUGAUCUGUCACUAUGGAGACGGUGUCAAUUAGGUUGUCACAUUUCCUGUCCGUUGGACGCCCUGUAGUGUAAUUUUAAUUCCCGGGGGACUUCAUCAAUUUCUUUCUGGUCAUUCAUCACACCAGACAUACAGUUGGAUUUCUAGAACGGAUGAAGGGCAUGCCUGGGUCGCUGUCCUUACCUUUUCAAAUGUGUCGCAUUCCUUCGAUUUAUUACUUUACAAUUUAACCUAUCUGAGAUGAAGUUGUUGGAUGAAUUGACCAUUAAUCGGUAAAGAGCACGUGGAUUGAGCACAGAAUGAAGUUUCUCUCAGGACUUGUGGCAUUGCUCAUUUUAUUUUGCGGUUCUGUGAAUGUUUGUCAUGGAACUCUCAAAGAAAUUCCGAACAACAACACACAAACUUUCCGAAGUUUUGGCGACGAUCGAGGGCGGCAGGGACGUCCUAAUUCGGCAGUCGUGGACGUUGUUCCCACGUAUUCACUGGAAUAUCGCUCGCCUAACAAGAAAGACAUAAAAUUCACAAGUGGAGGAAUAUAUCAAGCAACUAUUCCCGAAACAACUCAUUUAGGGACGCGAGUUAAAUGCGACUUAAAAAUGGGUGUUUAUGCCCACGAGGAAGAAAGCGAGGUUCAAUUUAUGAUAACCAAGGGGAACGAAGGCGAGACAUUCACAGUGAGCGCGAGGCGAGUCAAAUCAGCGAAGGAUUUCGUGUUCAUGGAUAUUAAAACCAAUAAAAGACUCAAUCGUGAAAGCGUACGAGGAGGAAAUUAUCUGCUAACUGUUGAGGCUCAGGAUCCAAGGACUUUAGCAGUUUUGGACACAACUGAGCUAAAUGUGAGCGUUACGGACUUGAAUGACAACAGACCCAUAUUUUCUCGCUCUUUUCAACAUGUCACGAUAGAAGAGGACAUUCCUUUACACACAUCCAUCGCCCAAGUGGUUGCCACAGAUGCCGACACUGGCCCGAAUGGAUGGCUCUAUUUUUUCUUCAGCGAAAAAUCGUCUUUCUUUGCUAUAGACCCUGAGUCUGGAGUAGUGACUGUAGCGCGGACGUUGGCCGGCAAGAAAAGGAGAAGAUACGAAUUGCUCGUGAUCGCGAAGGAUCGUGCCUUGUGGCCUUCAAAACCGGCCUCGGCUAAAAACCACAAUAUUACCGUUACAGUGCGACCUGUAAACAGGUUUUCGCCGGAGAUCAAAGUUAAGUCACAGCUUGAAAAGAUUACUGAAGGAAAGACGGGUAUGCGUAUCGCCGUAAUUCAAGUUUCCGAUCAAGAUAACGCAAACAGCGGCGAAAUCAACAAGGUCCGGAUUACAUCAGGGAAUGAAAAUAGUAACUUUCGAGUAAAGCGCUCACAGGAUGCGCUCGACGAGUACCUAAUCGAGGUAAUAAAACCACUGGAUCGCGAGAAAGCUCCCAACGGUUUUGAUGUGGUUUUGACGGCCUUUGAUAAAGGUGUCCCGCCGCGGAAUGGCACGGUUUCGUUCCAUGUUUUGAUUGAGGAUGUCAACGACAUGAUACCAGCAUUUAAUCAGAGCGCAUACACAGCCACGAUUUCCGAACUGGCGCCCCCUCACUCUUCUGUGAUGCGCGUGUUUGCAGUAGAUGGGGACUCUGGUGAGAAUGGCAGGGUUUAUUACACUUUAUCAGGAGUGGACAGUGAUAAAUUAAUGAUUGACCAUAACACAGGUUUGAUAACUACGAAUAAAUACCUGGACUAUGAAACAAAACCUCGGCUGGAAUUUGAAGUGCGAUCUUUUGAUGCUGCAGCUGUUGGCAGAAAGAUGGCAAGUGUGAAAGUUUCAGUCGAUAUUGAGGAUGCUAAUGAUUACGACCCAGUGUUCGACCAGCCUUCUUACUCCAUAGAGAUUUAUGAAGACUUGACACCCGGGACAAAAUUACUAGAAUUGACAGCAAAUGACCAAGACUCUGGCCAGAACGGGCAGAUCCAGUACACAAUCAUAAACACAGAAUCAGUCCCUUUUGCUAUUGAUUCUGAGACUGGAGAAAUUACUGCGCUGACCACACUUGACAGAGAUUCAGGGCUCCAAGAGCACAUUACUUUAAGGGUGCGUGCAUCAGACUUUGGAAAACCAUUCCGAAGGGAAUCUGAAACCUAUGUACACAUCCAUAUCAAAGUCUUCAAUGAUAAUGAGCCUGUGUUUGAAUACUCCAUUUGCAAAAUACAAGUUAAUGAAGAUGCACCUGCUGGAACUAUUUUAGCUACUCUGACAGCUGUGGACGUUGAUGUGGCAGCAACUGCUCCACUUGGCUAUUCCAUACAAACAGCUGGAAAUGAAGAUCAAACAUUUAAGAUAGAUCCCACAAGUGGAGUGUUAAAGACUGACAAAUCUCUUGAAGGUGGUAGGCAGGAGUUUAUUCUUUACAUCCUGGUGACUGACCCAACAAACGAUGCAGCAGUAAGACUUGAAAUCAAAGUUGUUUCAAAACAAGCUGCUGCUGGAUUUUCCAAUUAUGUCAAAGCACAAUGUCAGGUUAGUGCAGAGCAUGCAAAGGCUGUGGAACAGAUAAAGGAACGAGGAGAAUUUAAACCUUCCCAAGCCUCUAAUGAUAAAGCACUGCCUAAGCCAGCUAAUACUAACUCUCCAGAAUUUGUGCCGCACAAGCCUGCAAUUGAUAUCAGUGAAGAUGUGGCUAUUGGAUCCGCAAUCACAAAACUCUCUGCUAAUGAUAAAGAUCAAGGCUUUAAUGGAAUGGUUUUGUACGCCAUAGUCAGUGGUAAUAGUGGAAGUUCGUUCAAAAUAGAUAUGUACAGCGGAGAGCUUUGUAUUGGAUCAUUAUUGGACAGAGAAAAAAUUACAAAUUACACUUUGAACAUAACUGCCUCUGACUGUGGAUCUCCAGUCACAAAAACAGCCUUUACAAUAGUCCAUAUCAAUGUUUUGGAUGUCAAUGACAAUGCGCCAAUCUUCGAGAAUGACUCAUACGAGGUUACUUUACCUGAGAACAUUACAAUUGGUCAAACUGUUGUGCUCUUGAAGGCAACAGACUUGGAUGACGGUGAUAAUGGAAGAGUUCGCUAUCAACUUGUGAAUGACUUUGGUGGUAAAUUCAGGAUAGACUCCAAAUCAGGUCGACUCUCAGUAGCGUCAGCUCUUGAUUAUGAAGAUCGUCCAAAAUAUCUCAUUGAGGUGCAAGCAUUUGAUAACUCCAAAACAUCACAGAAGAUCACAUCUGCCAAAGUCUUUCUAAAUCUGAUUGACAUUAACGAUAAUGCACCUGCUAUUGUCCCAAAGAGUUUUAAUGUGUCCAUUCCAGAAGACAUUCCAGUCGAAAGCGUUGUAGCAGCAGUUUCUGCUGAAGAUCCAGAUACAGGUUUAGGUGGAGAAAUUGAAUUUUCCUUGGUGGGAAGCCCGAAGAAAUUCAAGAUCGAUCCUGGAAGUGGUGUUAUACGAUUGCGUCGUCGAGUUGACUAUGAACAGCAAGAUGUUUACAACUUGACUGUUAAGAUCAGCGACAAAGGAACGCCAGUUCUUACAUCAUAUGCGAAUGUAAUCAUUACCAUUCUUGAUGUAAAUGAGAAUAAUGUUGCACCCAAGUUUAGUGGAGGAGACCUUCUGGAAGCCACUGUGUAUGAGAACCAACCGGCGAUGACCACUGUUAUGCGUUUGAAAGCAUCAGAUGGCGACUCAUGGUAUAUAAAGUAUGCAAUCAUUGAUGGAACAGGUGUUGACAAGUUUAGAGUAGAUCCUGAAACUGCUGUCAUCACAACCACUCAAGUCCUCCGUCGUGAAGAAGGUGAUCACUACUGGCUUCAUGUUCAGGCUAAAGAUGGCGAGAUGUAUCCACUGCACACAAAUGUUCCAAUGUUGAUCAAGGUACUGGCAGCUAAUGAUGACCCUCCCUACUUUAAUCCUCCUGUUUAUUACCCUUCAGUUAAAGAAAAUGCUAAAGAAGGGGAGACUGUAGUUACCAUCCAAGCUCACAAUCCAAGUUCUGAUGAUUCUAGCUUGAUGUACUCAAUUACACAGGGAAAUGAAGCUGGCAAGUUUGCUAUUGAUGUAAAGACUGGCCUCAUUAUAACCACUGCGGCUCUUGAUCGAGAAGAGCAAGACUUCUAUGAACUAACAGUUACUGUGUCUGAUGGGAGCACUCCACCACAGACUGCGAGCAUCACUUUUCCGGUCACAGUUACAGAUGCAAAUGACAAUGAUCCUAUAUUUUUGAAAACCAGUUAUUUUGCUGUUGUCAAGGAGCAGAGUGCCUCCUUAACUCCUGUUGAAAUCUUUAGAGUAGUAGCAAUGGACAAUGACAUUGGCACCAAUGCAGAACUUAUUUACGGAAUCCAGCUGCUAACAGAAAAUAAUGCUGGAAAAGUCACGAUAAACCCUAAAACUGGUGUAAUCUCUACAAGGCAGGCCUGGGUAGAAGGAGAUUAUAUAGAUUUUGAAGUCAAUGUUACUGAUGGUGGAACUCUUCAGAGGUCUGUUUCAGUGUACGUUAGUUUGGAUUGUGAAGCAAAGAAUUACCCAACAUCAAACCCACCAGAGUUUGAUAAGAAAAGUUACAAAGAGUCCCUUGAAGAAGAUGCUGCUGUUGGAACAACUGUUGUAGUAGUUUCUGCAUUUGACCUUGAUGAUGGUGAUGUUCUGACUUAUUCCAUCAGUGCGGGAAACACUGGGAACAAAUUCCAAAUCGAUAGUGAUUUGGGUGAGGUUACACUUGUCGGAAAGCUUGAUCGUGAGGAAGUGAGUUCCUUUAUCCUGACCAUCCAGGUGUCUGAUGAUUACAAUGUUGACGAGGCAACUUUGAUUAUAAAUAUCCUGGAUGUGAAUGACAAUUCACCACAGCCUGUCAUGACAGAGUACCAAGCCCAUAUCUCUGAGGAUGCUAAGCCUGGGACUUUACUGACCAAAGUUCAAGCAAUUGAUCCAGACGAGGGCGUCAAUGGAGCAGUAAACUAUGCCAUUGUUGGUUCAGUGAAACAGAAAUCCCGAUCACUGUUCAAGAUACAAAGUUCCACAGGCAGAAUAAAGACUAUCAAGGCUUUGGACCAUGAAGAUAUGAAGGAGCAUACCCUGAUAAUCAAAGCCACAGACCAGGGGGAACCCAAGAGAGAAAGUCUCUUUUCUAUCGUAAUUGCUGUUGAUGACGUCAAUGACCACAAACCAGUCUUCCUGAGAUCGGAGUUUAAGGCUGAAGUCCAUGUUGAUGCUUCUCUAGGCACAUCCAUCCUUAAAGUGUUUGCUGUAGAUGGUGAUGAUGGUACAAAUGCUGUACUGAAGUUUUCCAUGAAGGGCGGUAACACAAAUGAUGCAUUCUAUAUUGAUCAGAAUUCUGGGGUUAUUCAAGUGGCCGCAAAAUUAAGCAGCAGCAUUAAAAAGUAUUAUCUUCAAGUGCAGGUGUCAGACAGCGGAACCCCAGCUGAGACUGCAGAAACUGAAGUACAGAUUUUGGUGAGAGGGAUAAAGAAGCCAGUUAUGUUUGGACGUCCGUUGUACCAAGCUUCGAUUGUAGAAAAUAUUCGUCCUGGUCAUGCCAUUAUCAACGUUGUGUUCAAUGGCACUAUGGCUUCUUAUGAGCUUAUUCCACAGGAUAAUGCCUGUUGGAAGGAUUUUCAUGUCAACAGAAAAUCUGGAUUGGUGACGAACAAGGUUAGAAUUCACCCUUUCGAUAUUGAGGAUGCUAAUGAUUACGACCCAGUGUUCGACCAGCCUUCUUACUCCAUAGAGAUUUAUGAAGACUUGACACCCGGGACAAAAUUACUAGAAUUGACAGCAAAUGACCAAGACUCUGGCCAGAACGGGCAGAUCCAGUACACAAUCAUAAACACAGAAUCAGUCCCUUUUGCUAUUGAUUCUGAGACUGGAGAAAUUACUGCGCUGACCACACUUGACAGAGAUUCAGGGCUCCAAGAGCACAUUACUUUAAGGGUGCGUGCAUCAGACUUUGGAAAACCAUUCCGAAGGGAAUCUGAAACCUAUGUACACAUCCAUAUCAAAGUCUUCAAUGAUAAUGAGCCUGUGUUUGAAUACUCCAUUUGCAAAAUACAAGUUAAUGAAGAUGCACCUGCUGGAACUAUUUUAGCUACUCUGACAGCUGUGGACGUUGAUGUGGCAGCAACUGCUCCACUUGGCUAUUCCAUACAAACAGCUGGAAAUGAAGAUCAAACAUUUAAGAUAGAUCCCACAAGUGGAGUGUUAAAGACUGACAAAUCUCUUGAAGGUGGUAGGCAGGAGUUUAUUCUUUACAUCCUGGUGACUGACCCAACAAACGAUGCAGCAGUAAGACUUGAAAUCAAAGUUGUUUCAAAACAAGCUGCUGCUGGAUUUUCCAAUUAUGUCAAAGCACAAUGUCAGGUUAGUGCAGAGCAUGCAAAGGCUGUGGAACAGAUAAAGGAACGAGGAGAAUUUAAACCUUCCCAAGCCUCUAAUGAUAAAGCACUGCCUAAGCCAGCUAAUACUAACUCUCCAGAAUUUGUGCCGCACAAGCCUGCAAUUGAUAUCAGUGAAGAUGUGGCUAUUGGAUCCGCAAUCACAAAACUCUCUGCUAAUGAUAAAGAUCAAGGCUUUAAUGGAAUGGUUUUGUACGCCAUAGUCAGUGGUAAUAGUGGAAGUUCGUUCAAAAUAGAUAUGUACAGCGGAGAGCUUUGUAUUGGAUCAUUAUUGGACAGAGAAAAAAUUACAAAUUACACUUUGAACAUAACUGCCUCUGACUGUGGAUCUCCAGUCACAAAAACAGCCUUUACAAUAGUCCAUAUCAAUGUUUUGGAUGUCAAUGACAAUGCGCCAAUCUUCGAGAAUGACUCAUACGAGGUUACUUUACCUGAGAACAUUACAAUUGGUCAAACUGUUGUGCUCUUGAAGGCAACAGACUUGGAUGACGGUGAUAAUGGAAGAGUUCGCUAUCAACUUGUGAAUGACUUUGGUGGUAAAUUCAGGAUAGACUCCAAAUCAGGUCGACUCUCAGUAGCGUCAGCUCUUGAUUAUGAAGAUCGUCCAAAAUAUCUCAUUGAGGUGCAAGCAUUUGAUAACUCCAAAACAUCACAGAAGAUCACAUCUGCCAAAGUCUUUCUAAAUCUGAUUGACAUUAACGAUAAUGCACCUGCUAUUGUCCCAAAGAGUUUUAAUGUGUCCAUUCCAGAAGACAUUCCAGUCGAAAGCGUUGUAGCAGCAGUUUCUGCUGAAGAUCCAGAUACAGGUUUAGGUGGAGAAAUUGAAUUUUCCUUGGUGGGAAGCCCGAAGAAAUUCAAGAUCGAUCCUGGAAGUGGUGUUAUACGAUUGCGUCGUCGAGUUGACUAUGAACAGCAAGAUGUUUACAACUUGACUGUUAAGAUCAGCGACAAAGGAACGCCAGUUCUUACAUCAUAUGCGAAUGUAAUCAUUACCAUUCUUGAUGUAAAUGAGAAUAAUGUUGCACCCAAGUUUAGUGGAGGAGACCUUCUGGAAGCCACUGUGUAUGAGAACCAACCGGCGAUGACCACUGUUAUGCGUUUGAAAGCAUCAGAUGGCGACUCAUGGUAUAUAAAGUAUGCAAUCAUUGAUGGAACAGGUGUUGACAAGUUUAGAGUAGAUCCUGAAACUGCUGUCAUCACAACCACUCAAGUCCUCCGUCGUGAAGAAGGUGAUCACUACUGGCUUCAUGUUCAGGCUAAAGAUGGCGAGAUGUAUCCACUGCACACAAAUGUUCCAAUGUUGAUCAAGGUACUGGCAGCUAAUGAUGACCCUCCCUACUUUAAUCCUCCUGUUUAUUACCCUUCAGUUAAAGAAAAUGCUAAAGAAGGGGAGACUGUAGUUACCAUCCAAGCUCACAAUCCAAGUUCUGAUGAUUCUAGCUUGAUGUACUCAAUUACACAGGGAAAUGAAGCUGGCAAGUUUGCUAUUGAUGUAAAGACUGGCCUCAUUAUAACCACUGCGGCUCUUGAUCGAGAAGAGCAAGACUUCUAUGAACUAACAGUUACUGUGUCUGAUGGGAGCACUCCACCACAGACUGCGAGCAUCACUUUUCCGGUCACAGUUACAGAUGCAAAUGACAAUGAUCCUAUAUUUUUGAAAACCAGUUAUUUUGCUGUUGUCAAGGAGCAGAGUGCCUCCUUAACUCCUGUUGAAAUCUUUAGAGUAGUAGCAAUGGACAAUGACAUUGGCACCAAUGCAGAACUUAUUUACGGAAUCCAGCUGCUAACAGAAAAUAAUGCUGGAAAAGUCACGAUAAACCCUAAAACUGGUGUAAUCUCUACAAGGCAGGCCUGGGUAGAAGGAGAUUAUAUAGAUUUUGAAGUCAAUGUUACUGAUGGUGGAACUCUUCAGAGGUCUGUUUCAGUGUACGUUAGUUUGGAUUGUGAAGCAAAGAAUUACCCAACAUCAAACCCACCAGAGUUUGAUAAGAAAAGUUACAAAGAGUCCCUUGAAGAAGAUGCUGCUGUUGGAACAACUGUUGUAGUAGUUUCUGCAUUUGACCUUGAUGAUGGUGAUGUUCUGACUUAUUCCAUCAGUGCGGGAAACACUGGGAACAAAUUCCAAAUCGAUAGUGAUUUGGGUGAGGUUACACUUGUCGGAAAGCUUGAUCGUGAGGAAGUGAGUUCCUUUAUCCUGACCAUCCAGGUGUCUGAUGAUUACAAUGUUGACGAGGCAACUUUGAUUAUAAAUAUCCUGGAUGUGAAUGACAAUUCACCACAGCCUGUCAUGACAGAGUACCAAGCCCAUAUCUCUGAGGAUGCUAAGCCUGGGACUUUACUGACCAAAGUUCAAGCAAUUGAUCCAGACGAGGGCGUCAAUGGAGCAGUAAACUAUGCCAUUGUUGGUUCAGUGAAACAGAAAUCCCGAUCACUGUUCAAGAUACAAAGUUCCACAGGCAGAAUAAAGACUAUCAAGGCUUUGGACCAUGAAGAUAUGAAGGAGCAUACCCUGAUAAUCAAAGCCACAGACCAGGGGGAACCCAAGAGAGAAAGUCUCUUUUCUAUCGUAAUUGCUGUUGAUGACGUCAAUGACCACAAACCAGUCUUCCUGAGAUCGGAGUUUAAGGCUGAAGUCCAUGUUGAUGCUUCUCUAGGCACAUCCAUCCUUAAAGUGUUUGCUGUAGAUGGUGAUGAUGGUACAAAUGCUGUACUGAAGUUUUCCAUGAAGGGCGGUAACACAAAUGAUGCAUUCUAUAUUGAUCAGAAUUCUGGGGUUAUUCAAGUGGCCGCAAAAUUAAGCAGCAGCAUUAAAAAGUAUUAUCUUCAAGUGCAGGUGUCAGACAGCGGAACCCCAGCUGAGACUGCAGAAACUGAAGUACAGAUUUUGGUGAGAGGGAUAAAGAAGCCAGUUAUGUUUGGACGUCCGUUGUACCAAGCUUCGAUUGUAGAAAAUAUUCGUCCUGGUCAUGCCAUUAUCAACGUUGUGUUCAAUGGCACUAUGGCUUCUUAUGAGCUUAUUCCACAGGAUAAUGCCUGUUGGAAGGAUUUUCAUGUCAACAGAAAAUCUGGAUUGGUGACGAACAAGAAACCCUUUGAUGCCGAAGAGCUGAGCGAAUGCAAGCUUCACAUUCGAGGGAUCAGCAGUGAUGGGGAAGGACAGACCCAGCUAAUUGUCAAGAUAAUCAACGAAAAUGAUCAUGCACCAACAUUUACCCAGGCACUGCACGUGGGUCGCGUGAAGGAAGGUUUGCCAGAAGACUCGGCCGUGAUUGGUGGAGAUGGCAAGGCACUUGUCAUUCACGCCAGCGACGCUGACGUCAGCAACAGUGAUUUGAUGUUCGAGGUUGUUGGAUGUACGGCGUUUACGAUCGAUUCUCAAACUGGGGCAUUACUCACAACGGAGGCGUUGGAUUUCGAAUCAACAGCCUUCUACAAGUUCAAAGUCAAAGUUUCUGACGAUGGAGAACCGAGCCUUGCUGCUUUCACUGAUGUUGAAGUUUUUGUAGAGGACGUGAACGACCUCCCACCUGUGUUUGUUUAUCCUGUCUUCUCUGCGAUUUUGUACUUACCAACUUUCCCGGGCACUGAGGUCGUCAGAAUCAGCGCGACUGAUGGAGAUACCUUGCCUCUCACAAAUCUAACUUAUUCUAUCGUUUCACAAUCUGUCUCCGCACCUGUGUCUCAGAUGUUCGAUAUUUCUCCAACACUUGGUGUUAUAACCGUGAAAAACGCGUCUCUCCUACACGAAGCUGUAUAUUACCUUACGGUUUCUGUUUCCGACGGUAACUUCACAGAUCAAGCCACUGUCGACAUCGACUGUAAGCCUCUGCCUGUCAGCGACUUGAAGUUCAGUCAGGGCAGAUACAACACCUCUGUUCUGGAAGGAGUCAGCUCAGCAAGCGACAUCGCUGAAGUUCGUGCAGUCGGUUAUUCAAUCGGGGAGACCAUUACCUACUCAAUCGUUACUCCGUCGGAUUUCUUCGUCAUUUCCGAAAGCACGGGUAUUGUAUCUACCUUGUCUGGCAGAGAAUUUGACCGUGAGACUGUAGAUCGAUAUGAAAUCGUCGUACAAGCUAAGGACAGUGGAAAACCGAUGCCGAGAGUUGCUCAGAGCGUGGUGCUAGUAGAAGUUGAUGACGUGAAUGACAAUGCGCCGAAGUUCACCGAGGAGUCCUACUUCUUCGUCGUGAAGAAAAGCGUAGACGUCGGGGCCACUGUCGGAAAGGUCGAGGCACAUGAUGAUGACAUCAGCAACAAUGGCGAAAUCAAAUAUUUACUCAAGGCGGGUGGUGACGGGCUCUUCAGAUUGGAGCAUACCACCGGAAAAAUCAGAGUCGCGAGACUGUUGGAUUACGUAGUCGUUCCCAAGGUCUUUACCCUUGAAAUCGAAGCGCACGAUAGAGGCCUGGUGCGGUUGAGCACUAAAGCGAUUGUGAAGAUCAAAGUGGUGGAUAAAGAGACUCCGAUAUUUGACCAGUUGUCCUAUGGUAGAGUACUGCGGGAGGAUGUCAAAGUUGGACAGGAAGUCAGUCGAGUACAAGCUAGGAGUCCGGGAGGCGCUGGCAUAUUUUAUACAAUCGUGCAAGGGGAUCCUCUGAAUCAGUUCGCCAUCGAUUUGAAAACAGGUAAAUGCUCUGAUGACUGGCCUAAAACUUGUACGGCGUUUACGAUCGAUUCUCAAACUGGGGCAUUACUCACAACGGAGGCGUUGGAUUUCGAAUCAACAGCCUUCUACAAGUUCAAAGUCAAAGUUUCUGACGAUGGAGAACCGAGCCUUGCUGCUUUCACUGAUGUUGAAGUUUUUGUAGAGGACGUGAACGACCUCCCACCUGUGUUUGUUUAUCCUGUCUUCUCUGCGAUUUUGUACUUACCAACUUUCCCGGGCACUGAGGUCGUCAGAAUCAGCGCGACUGAUGGAGAUACCUUGCCUCUCACAAAUCUAACUUAUUCUAUCGUUUCACAAUCUGUCUCCGCACCUGUGUCUCAGAUGUUCGAUAUUUCUCCAACACUUGGUGUUAUAACCGUGAAAAACGCGUCUCUCCUACACGAAGCUGUAUAUUACCUUACGGUUUCUGUUUCCGACGGUAACUUCACAGAUCAAGCCACUGUCGACAUCGACUGUAAGCCUCUGCCUGUCAGCGACUUGAAGUUCAGUCAGGGCAGAUACAACACCUCUGUUCUGGAAGGAGUCAGCUCAGCAAGCGACAUCGCUGAAGUUCGUGCAGUCGGUUAUUCAAUCGGGGAGACCAUUACCUACUCAAUCGUUACUCCGUCGGAUUUCUUCGUCAUUUCCGAAAGCACGGGUAUUGUAUCUACCUUGUCUGGCAGAGAAUUUGACCGUGAGACUGUAGAUCGAUAUGAAAUCGUCGUACAAGCUAAGGACAGUGGAAAACCGAUGCCGAGAGUUGCUCAGAGCGUGGUGCUAGUAGAAGUUGAUGACGUGAAUGACAAUGCGCCGAAGUUCACCGAGGAGUCCUACUUCUUCGUCGUGAAGAAAAGCGUAGACGUCGGGGCCACUGUCGGAAAGGUCGAGGCACAUGAUGAUGACAUCAGCAACAAUGGCGAAAUCAAAUAUUUACUCAAGGCGGGUGGUGACGGGCUCUUCAGAUUGGAGCAUACCACCGGAAAAAUCAGAGUCGCGAGACUGUUGGAUUACGUAGUCGUUCCCAAGGUCUUUACCCUUGAAAUCGAAGCGCACGAUAGAGGCCUGGUGCGGUUGAGCACUAAAGCGAUUGUGAAGAUCAAAGUGGUGGAUAAAGAGACUCCGAUAUUUGACCAGUUGUCCUAUGGUAGAGUACUGCGGGAGGAUGUCAAAGUUGGACAGGAAGUCAGUCGAGUACAAGCUAGGAGUCCGGGAGGCGCUGGCAUAUUUUAUACAAUCGUGCAAGGGGAUCCUCUGAAUCAGUUCGCCAUCGAUUUGAAAACAGGGGUCUUGACGGUGGAAUCUCGUCUUGACUACGAGACUCAAACUAGUUACCAACUUCUUGUCCGCGCAACUGACGCAAAGACGACAUCUUACGAAGAAAUAUACGUCGAUAUUGACGUCACAGAUGUCAAUGAUAUUGCGCCAGUAUUCAACCAAUCACUUUACCUGGCGAUGAUCUCCGAAGCUGUUCCGAUUGGCACGUCGGUCAUCUCCGUAAAAGCUUUUGAUGGAGACUCGGGAGUUAACAAGGCGAUGACGUACCGACUGGAGAACUUGAACACGAACUACAACAUCAGCAAAACUAGCGAGUUCUUCAUUAUCAGUCAGGAUAAAAGUGAGAUUUCAGUCGCCAAGGAACUGGAUUACGAGACAAAUGUGGUGCACGAACUGAAAGUCAUCGUGACCGAUGGUGGGAGUCCACCGCUGACUGGCGAGGCACGCGUGCGCAUUGUGGUCGUAGACGCUAAUGAUAAUCCGCCCCAGUUAAAACAAGAAAGCUACGCCACGUCCAUAUCUGGCAGUGCAGGGCCUGGGUUCUUCGUCACGCGUGUCGUAGCCACUGACCCAGAUGAAAACGACGUCAGAAAAUUGCGUUAUUCGAUCAGCUCUGGACAAGGUAAGGAAUACUUUGACUUGGAUCCCAGAUCAGGCGUUCUGACCAUCUCCAGACAAGCUGGCAUUGAACGAGGCAAGGUUUAUGACCUUGGUGUUGAAGUCACCGAUGGUAAAUCGAUUGCGCGGACCAGCGUUCGGGUCGUGAUCGGAGACACCAAUGAUCACAGCCCAGUGUUUGAUCAACAGAUAUACACUGUAAAUUUCUACGAGAAUUACCCUCCUGGCACGUUUGUCACCAUGGUUACCGCUACUGAUAAAGACUCUGGUAACUUCGCGCGUGUGCGAUAUUCUGUUGACGAUCUCGAGGCCGCGAAAAAGUUCAGCGUGGACGCUGAAACAGGGAUGAUAUACAGCAGGCUCACCUUUGAUCGCGAAAACUCGUCCCACGCCUUCACGUCUGUUCCUAUCCGGGCCACUGACGGAGGUGGAAGGUUUGGAUUCUGUACAGUGGAGGUUCAAAUCUUAGACGAGAACGACAACCAACCAAAGUUCGAGCUCCCGCGAUACGAGGUAACUGUUCAGCGUGCAACCCCAGUCGGCACUGAUAUCCUAAUGACGUCAGCGAACGAUGCAGACACCGGAAGUAACAGUGUGCUGACUUACGUCAUUCUUGGCCAUCAGACCCCGCCGGUGUUUGAAAUCGAGGCAGACUCAGGGUUUAUCAAAAUAACUCAGCAGCCUGAAGAGAAGACCUACAUGUUCCAUGUCCUGGUGAAGGACGGCGGCAAUCCACAGCUUCGGAACAUGGUGUCUGUUUCUGUUAACGUUCUAAGCAAGAACGCGAAGAUUUUGCAGUUUGAAAAGGCGGAGUAUCGAGUCAGUGUACCUGAAGACGCCAACGUCAACUCUGUGGUGGCAACAGUGCGCACCUCGUUUCCAGGCAGCGCUCGUCCGCACGUCGGUUUAAAGAUUAUUCCUGGAAAUUCACCCUCGUCGCGGGGAGAGAAGUUUAUUAUUGACGCUAGCGGUCAGAUCACACUGAAAUCUUCUUUGGAUUACGAGACUUUGAAGAGAUACGUUCUUGUCAUCGAGGCCAAUGCUUCUGCCAUCUCUCAAGUCGCGCGCACUGUGGUUAUCGUGUCAGUCACAGAUGUAAAUGAUAACAAGCCGCAUUUCGUGGCCAAUCCAUACAGGGUUAGUUUACCUGAGAAUAUCAAGGUUGGAUCCAAAGUUCUGAGAGUGUUUGCCGAGGAUUUAGACGACGCAAACAAUGGGCAGAUUCUGUACGAUUUCACACACGUCAACAGGAGAGAAUCCAUGUUCUUUGCUAUUGACAAACAUACUGGUUGGAUUACAACAGCGGCGCCACUCAAUCGCGAACUCUCGGACUUCCUUGUCCUGAGCGUCCGCGCCACUGAUAGAGGCGAGGUCACUCAGCUGUCGGGUCAUACCGCUGUUCACGUGACCGUGCUGGAUGUGAACGAUUCUCCACCGAAGUUUUCCCAGGAAAUCUUUGAGUUUUUCGUUCGUGAAGACGCCUUGAUAGGACAAGAAGUUGGCACACUGUUGGCGAGGGAUCAAGACUUGGACUCUGACAUAUACUUCUUUAUCAUGUCUGGUGAUCCUCAAACUAAGUUUGCAAUCGAGCAAAAAACGGGCAAAGUUUUUGUGCACACUUCGCUAGAUCGCGAGACUGUAUCGUCGUAUAAGCUGAACGUGAGUGCGUCUGACGGUCUGUACACCAGCUUCGCCACUUUGAACAUCACAGUACUAGAUGCCAAUGACAAUCCUCCAGUUUGUACCCAGUCCAUCACCAUUGUUCAUCUUAGCGAGGACGUGGCACCUGGUACCGAAGUGCUUGUAGUCGAGGCCACUGAUCCAGACGCUGACGAUGAUGGAAAGUUGAGAUACUCCGUGUUUGGUCAGGGAAUAGGAGUCUUCACUAUUGAGAAUGGAACAGGACGCCUAGUAACGGCGACGUCAUUAGACCGCGAGGCUCAAGAUAUGUUUAACUUCAUGGUGUCAGCGGAAGACCGCGGAGGACAGGCGUGUUUCAGCAAUGUCACAGUCCUGCUGGAAGACAUCAACGACAACGCGCCGUUUUUCACGCAGUUAGAGUACAGGAAGUCUGUGUACGAGGACGCGCGAAUUAACAAGGUGUUGCUUCAAGUCAGAGCAGAUGAUGUCGACAUUGGAAAGAACAGAAAGAUCUCUUAUUCUUUGUUGGACACAGUAGGCAAUACAUUUAGUAUUGAAUCUGAAACCGGUGUAAUAUCUCUGAAGAAGGCCCUAAACAGAGAAGACCAGGCGACGUAUAUGCUGACUGUGCAGGCUAAGGACGCGGGCGUUCCCUCCAAAUCUGGCUCAUGCGCUGUUGUGAUUCAGGUCUUGAACAUAAACGACGUGCCACCGGAGUUCACGGACUCUAGUUUCAAGGCAAAUGUCAGCGAAGAUGCUGCUAUUGGAGCGAAUAUAACAACUAUGAUCGCCAUCAGCAGGGAGGCUGCACAAGAAGAGAUCUCCUACGAGAUCCUACAAGGCCCAGAUUCAGACAUGUUCAAGAUUGACAAGAAAACUGGAGUUGUUACCCUACAAGGCAGCCUUGAUUUCGAGAUAAGGAAGACCUAUUCGCUGACAAUUCAAGCCAGUGAUGUUGGUCCACCAGUUCUCACGACAACCGCGUCAUUGAAGGUGAUAGUGACUGAUGCUAAUGACCACGCGCCCAAGUUUGGAUGGGACCUGUACACCGCCAAAGUGGACGAAAACUCUCCUUCGGACACGUUCGUUCUCCAAGUUUUCGCCACUGACCUGGACAGUGGUCCUAACCGUGACAUUCAGUAUUCAAUCGUGAAGGGUAACGAGGCUGGUAAGUUUAAAGUCGACCCUCUGAGUGGAAUCAUCACCGUUGAUGGGCUUGUGGACCACGAAGCAGUGUCCAAGUAUUCCAUGACAGUACGGGCUCAAGAUCAAGGUGUACCGCCGCUGUCCUCUGAAACCAAAGUUCACGUGACCAUCAACGACUUGAAUGAUAACCCGCCGGAGUUUAGCAACACUAACUUCACGGUGUCCAUAAGCGAGACAGCGCCAGUGGGGAAGACUGUCAUCUUCUUACGGCCGCACGACCGAGAUGGGCAUGGUAACGGAGGUCCAUUUACUUUCAGGAGAAUACAAGGAGACGAGACGAAGUUUAGACUCCAGAAGAAUGGAAUUAUAACAAAGGUUGGUCCUUUGGAUCAUAGAGACGGUGAACACAAAUUUAAGAUCCGCGUCUUCGACAGCGGCGAACCACCAAAAUACACUGACAAGACUGUUACUAUCUCAGUCGUGGAAGGCGUUACGCAUCCUCCUGCCGUUGAACCGCUGACCGUGUACCUCAAGUUGUACGGCUCACAAUUCAAUGGGGGUGUCAUUGGGAGCGUCAAAGGGAGCGAUAGUGAUGGGGACCUUCUCAGUUAUUCAAUUGUUGCGCCUCGUGCAGGUAGCCCUUUCACCAUAACAACGGAUGGAGUUAUAAGUGCUUUUUCAAACGUCCCAAGCCAAAUCUACCGGCUAAAUGUCAGCGUCACCGAUGGAAAGUACUUCACGUACGCUCCAGUGGAAAUUCUCGUGUCUGAUAUUACUGAAGACAUCUUGACUCACUCUCUCACCCUCCGUCUGUCGGAUCUAGGGCCUGGAACUUUCGUUGAAAAUAACCUGGCAAUUUUCCGAGAUUACCUGGGAGUGCUACUGAAUGUUCCCGCUGUUAAUGUCCAUAUAUGGAACCUUCAGUCCUCAGAAAGCAGUUUGGAUGUUGUAUUUGCGGUCAUGAAGCGUGUCAAGGGCUUCUUUGCGUCCCAGCACGUCUCACACAAGCUGAACUCGUCCCGCGGUGACUUUCAAAGAAAAGUAGGAGUGAAGGUGGGGUACAUUGGAGUGAGCCAGUGCCAUCUGAUGCACUGCCCGGAAAAUUAUGAAUGCCAGACAGUCUUCAAACCACAGAACAAGCAAAUACGGAUCAUGUCUGAACGGACCACGUUCAUAUCAUACGAGCAUUCUAGGAGUCACGCUUGCAUGUGUGACCGUGACAUAGGCUGUGGAAGUACUGGUGGAAAAUGCGCGACCAAUCCCUGCCCGGCUGGUUACAAAUGCACAGACUUUUCGCAAGGAUUUCAGUGCAAGUGCGUGGAUUCAUCUAAAUGCGUUUUAGAGAAGCAGGGCUGUGAGGACAGGUUAUGUAUCACAGGUAACAAAGCCAUGACAUUCGGUGGUGAUUCGUACAUCCGUUAUCGAUUAAAAGAAUCAUUUAAUGAGCCCUCCCGCUCCAUCAGCCUCGCUCUCAGGACCGCCGAACCCCAAGGAACACUAGUGUUCGCCGCUGGACAGUAUGACUACAGCAUCCUGGAGAUUGUGAACGGUCACCUGCAGUUACGCUUCGAUUUCGGCAGCGGAGCCGGGGUGGUGAGCCUAGACUGGGCGCAAGUGGAUGAUGAGAAAUGGCAUCACGUGACAGUCAUGCGGCAGGGUAACCACGCCACCCUCAUCCUGGAUCAAGGACGUCAUCGCGCCUGGAACAAGUCUCCAGGAAAAAUGAGAAUCUUGAAUCUGGAUGACAACGCCAUUUAUUUUGGCGCCAAAGUUGUGAGCUCCAAGACCAGGCGAAGGGAUAUAGAUCUAUUAGUGGAGAAUGGUUUCAAAGGUUGCUUGCAGAACUUGAACCUGAAUGGCGAGGAUCUUCCCAUGUCUGGCUCAAACAGCCACGUUGCCGCCGAACCAUACAACACAACACCAGGUUGUCAAGGCGACAUCGACAACAGCUUUUGCGCAAGCGCUCCAUGCCUAAACGGCGGAACCUGCAGGGUUGAUGGCUUUACCUGCGAUUGUCCAGAGGGAUUCAAGGGAGAUACGUGCGAGCAAGACACCAGGCCCUGCACGUCCAACCCGUGUGCAAACAACGCGAAUUGCACAAAUGAAGGCGAUGACUACAGGUGUCACUGCAUCGCUGGAUUUUCCGGAAAGAAUUGCGACGAAGGAUUUCACUGCAAUCGCUGGCCAUGCAAGAACGGAGGUUCAUGUCAAGGGAAGAAGGACGGGUCAGCCAUCUGUGUGUGCUCGCCAGGUUACACGGGUCCCGACUGUUCCCAAGAUGUGGAUGAGUGCGCCAGCUCGCCUUGUCAAAACGGAGGCUUUUGUGUAAACACACCGGGAAGCUUCGUAUGCAACUGUUCCACCAGCACACAUGGAGGAAGGCUUUGCGAACAGGUGUUGGCUGAUGUUGAAGCCCGACGCGGCUGGCCACUGGGACAAACUGAAAUCAUUGGUAUUGCUGUGGUGCUGGCUGUUCUUUUGCUGAUUGUAUUCCUCGUUGUAAUUUUCCUUCGACGGCGAGCAAAGAGAAGACGAGACAUGCGCGCUCAAGAUGAAGCUGCCAAGCCUGCGGUUCUUAAAGUCUCCCCACCCGUGGUAGGCUCAGAGGUGGCAUCUCCUGAGCCCCCCACACCUCCUCCGAGGGAAAUCCAUGGUUACAACGUGGACGACCUCGGCAUGCCUCCAGGUUAUGACGCAGAGGACUCAUGGCGCAGGCGCGAGAAGGCCCGCAAAGACUUUGGCACCAUGAAGACGCUGAAUUCGUUAUCAGAUAACAACCUCCCUGGGUAUCAGUGGGAUUACACGGAUAUCCCAGCUGACUUGGUACCGAGAACUCCCUUGUCCAAGGAACAUUCUGGCAGCUUCGAUGGUGCCUCGGCGUGUGCCUCAUUUGCCCCUGAAGUGCCGCAGAGGCCGUCUAGUUUUAGAUCCUCGCAGGGGUCCCUUGAUGUACCCGAAGUUCCCAAGAGACCAAGGAACUAUAAAUGCUCCGAAUCAGAAGAUGGAUACCCGGACGUCCCUCAUGUUCCUAAAAAACCCAUGGAAUAUCUUAACCCGAAGGGUAAAUCCGCCUCGAGGUACUCAAUGGAUUCUCGGUACUCCGAAUUUUCAGACGCUACUGACCUUGAUCCAGACAUCUUCAAGGGCCGAUUUCCACGCCCUCCUCGGGAGCCUUAUCCCGAGAGCUUGGACCAGCAUCCAGUGGGAUCCUAUGCGCCGACCCUGACGACUCGCGGGUCUGAACUGGGGAGUAUAACAGACGGCAUGUACUCUGAGGACGAUUUAGAGCAGGUUUACCUCGGCAACAGGAUGGAGGCGUGCGAUGAUUCACCUGAAAACUCGUACCUACAUUCCGAGAACUGCUCUGAAGAUGAGGACGAAGAUGAUCAAGACGGCAGAUACGCCUGUGGCUCACCGCCCGAUCCGGACUUUCAUAUCGCUUUGCAACGAGAGAUCAAGGAGAUGAUGAACGAGCUUGAAGAACUAAAAAUGGAAUCUGAACUUUGAUAUAGCGCUAACUGCAAACUUAACAAUUCAUGAUUCUGCAAAGAAAGUGCACCUUUGUUCUAGCAGUUUACAACGAAGGUUACAAAAACCGAUGCAAAAAAAUAGUCCUUCCUAAAUAGAUAUUCUCUAUAUAACAUGAAAACCCUUGGUUUUUUGCCACUAUUUGGCGGACUCAAACACUCAGUUGUGUUGCUGCUCCACUAGAGAGCGGGUUUCCGAUGCCAGUUUUGUAUGAAACUUUCUUUUCUGUGCCAAAUUUACCAAAAAAUCAGUCUUUUUCUCAGGUAUUCGGUUGCGUUAUAAUCAAUUUGGCAACGCAAUUUUUCGCGCAAUUCUCUUGUUUUGUUUAAAUUGAAUGAAAUCACAUGCAAGCAUGUUGAGAGCUGUUUCGUUCUGAAUCUUUCUGUUGCUGUCACAAAAGCCAUUGGCAACCCGAUCUCAUUUUAUAAUGUUUCGGUAUAAAAAGCAGGAGAAAACGUCAGAAGAAAGUAGACAGAGUGUUUAAAAAAUUGAGGGGUUUUUGAAUCAACAGAUUGCAGACUCGAAGAGUUUGAUAUAUUUCCAGCGAAAAUGUUGUCGGUUUUAAAGGGUAACCUUGUAAAAACGGUAUAGAUGUUUUAUAUCUGGUUUUAACUUGGAACACACAAAAAAAUAUAUUCAAAAGAUUCUAUAGCCAAUUAUUAGGUCGUUUAUUUUGAAUUUUGAAAGAAAAAAGGUACAGCCGUUUUGAGGCGUUAAAUUAUUUUCAUAAUAACUGUUGACAGUUUUUAAUUGAAGAAUUCUUAGUUUUGUAUAUUGCCCACUCAUGUUUUUUAGCCAAUUUUUUUCAUCAAUCGUGUUUUGGAAUAAUAUUUAAAAAUCUUGUACUGUACAGGACAAGUUUUAUGGUUAAGAGUUUAAACGUUGUUCAUAUGUUAUUUAACAAAAUUUAAAAACGAGCAGGGCAAGCACAAUGCGUAGAAACGUGCUUGCCAAGAGAUGUAAUUUAUUUUUUACUCGCACUUGAUACUGAAACGCUUUUGGCUCGACGUCAAUUUAGUAUCUUUCAUAAAGAAAUUUGUAACCAUUUUAGGUCAUAAGCUUAGUAAUAAAAAUGUUGAAGUCUAAA